AUGUUAGAAUUAAGAUUAGGAACUUGGGAACAAUUUAAAUUAAAUACUUAUUCAAAUUAUCCAGAAUGGGGUGAUUCAAUUAAUAUUGAACAUUAUUGGGAAAGAGAAAGAGUAUCAAAAGAUUGUGUCACUGGACAUAGACCAUGGAUUUUAGUUGAUAGUGAACAACCUGAUGAAAUUUUAGCAUCAUGUGAAUCAUAUACUCAAGAAUCACCAUAUUGUUUAAAAGGAACCAAUGAAAUUAAAUAUGGAUUAUCAGAAUCAAUAGCUAGUGUUUUCGUUGAACCAAAACAUCGUAAUAAAGGUUACGCAACAAAAUUAAUGAAACUUAUUUAUGAUAGAUUUAAAAAUCAAGAUAAAAGAAUUUUUUGUGAACUCUAUUCAGAUAUCAAUCCAAUAGUUUAUGAGAAAUGUGGUUGGAUUCAAAAUCCUCCAACUACUUUAAAAAUUAAUUUAAAUGAUAAUACAACGGUUUCAAAAUUUUUAAAUUCAAUUAAUAAUAAUGACAAUCAAUUUGAAUUUAUAAAUGAAAAUAAUUCAAAACCAGUUACAGAAAGUAAUAUUGAAUUAGUUUUAAAAAAAGGUAUUGAACAUACUGAAAAAACAUUGAUUGAAAUUGCAAAUCAUAAUGAAACUAAUUCAUCAAUUGAAUAUGUUUUCUCAAAACAAUUUACAAAAUCCGAAUUUUAUUGGGAAAUUUCUCAAGCUAAACUUUAUUCAACUAUUAUUGAAGGCUUUGAAGCUCCAACUGUAUUUGGUCAUUGUAUUUUAAAUAAAAAAGUUGAUGAAUUAAAAGAUUUUAAUGAUGUAAAGAGUUUUAUUGUUUGGACUUUUGAUUAUAGAGAAAAAUGUUUAAAAAUUUUAAAAUUAUUUGCAGAUUCAGAAUUAGAUUUUAAAUUUUUAUUAAAGAAAUCAUAUGAUCAAGCUUUAAAAUCAAAUCUCCAAUCAAUUUUAGCAUGGUGGCCAAAAUCUUCAAAUGAUAAAUUUAAAAAAGAAUUUGUUGAUUCAAUUAAUCAAGAAAUAAUUAUUAGAGAUGGUUCAAUUCCAAUGGUUACAUCUUGGAUUAAUUUAAAUGGUAAUAAUAAUAAUAAUAAUAAUAGCUCAACUGAUAUUAAUAAAGGUAUUUGGAUAAAUGUUGAAAAAUUUGGUUGGGUAUAA